AGUAUGAAAGAGAAUAGAAGAUUAAAUUAAAGAAAAAAAUUAAAAAAAACUUAAAAACUUUUUACAAAAGAGAAAAGUUUAAGUUGAAAUAUCGAAAGCAGAAGAAAAACUAUUGUGAAGAUAAAUACAUCAAUUUAUGUACACAUUUCAACGGUUACAUAGAAUCGGAAAAAUAGAACUUAGAACGCAAUUUUUUCAUAAGACGAACUCUAAGUGUGUGUUCAAAUAGAAUAAAAUAAAAAAAUUAUCUGGGAACAGAAGGAAAACUAGCAGCAACGCACAAGAAUAAAAUUCAAGAAAAGUACAAUAAUAAAGCUGUCAUAAUAAACUUAACAAAGAAUUAAUUUACAUUAAUUGCCUUGUUUGUAUUUGUGAGCGAGAGUGAUAGAGACAGAGAAGGAGAGAUCAAUAUGUUGUCGUGCAAAUGCCUAAAUUUUAUUGCUUCCACUGCCAAUCAAUCGCAGGGAUCAACCCCUGCCUUAUCUUUAACAGAUGCUUUCCGGCAAGCAUUUCUUCAGAAAUAUCCUCGAAAUUUUGUAUUCUAUUCGCAAUGUAUGGAUUUCUUCAAACAGGCUAUCGGCCCAGUGUCUGAUUUGGCUAUAAAUUCGAUUAGUCAACGUGAUUUAAUUUAUAGUCUAACCUUGGAUAUUUCCGAGCUUGGUCAAACAUUACAAACUUGGCAACUUAGCAUCUGUAGCAACUGCAAUGUUGUCCUUUGCGCCAAGCGUGUUGGCGACUCUGCCAACACUCAGCAACAGGUUACCCCAAUGUAUCUGAUAAAUUGUGGCAUACUAACCAAUAAUGAGGAAUUGUCACAAAAAAGAGCUGACAAAUCUUUCUCGGAAACUUUUGGUAUUCUAAUAAUGGAUCAUCCUAAAGUGGAGGUUUCUUCGAUUAACCAAACCCCGUCAAGUACUUUGCCCCUUGGCUCAUUAUCGGCAUCUUUUGUGACCGGUGGCGGCAUAACAACCCAUUUGGAUUCGAAACAGUUACGCCUCAGACAGUUGCAAUCGUAUUUGCAACAACGUCUGCAGAGGGAAAUUGCUGAAACGGACGAACGCAUACAGCGUUAUACGGAACAACAAUUUGCUUUAUUGAAAAGUUUCCGGGAAAAAUCUGAACAGGACUAUCAAUUGCUUGUAUCCCUUAUUCAAUGUAUACCGGAACAACAAGCCAAUGAAUGGUUAGACCGUCAACCUCCCAAUUUGGAUGUUAGUAAUAAUGGUGGCAGCUUACCUUAUGGUGCUUCUCGUAGACGCAACACCAUAUCCAACCGAAGAGAUUUAAAUACCACAGCUCCGACAACUCCAACGACAAGCCAACCGCCGUCUAACCUUUAUCCCGGGAAUAAAGAGAGCAAUAGCAUGAAGUUGGCAACCUCUGAAGCAGGCCCUGCUUUAUCGUUCACUAGUGCCAUAGUUACAAACACUAAUCGGUCGGCAUUAGGGGAAGCCAGCACAAAUAUGGUUACAACUGUAGCAUCUCCGCCAUCAUUGAAUACGACCACGGCUAGUUCCGCCGCUGUUGGUAACGUCGUAAGCAGCUCAAUUUCUAAUCGUAAAAUGUCAAACUUUGACACUCCGCCCGCCACACCUGAAGCUACUCCCAUGAGUGUGGGUAAUAGCCCCACAUUCCGUCAGCAGCAGCAACAACCACAACAAACGAUUUCGUUUGUUGGUCAGCAGUCCUUUCAACAACAAUUCCCAACUCCCACAGUUGAAACAGCUGACGAUUGCCUAUUCGAAUUGGAAGGUGUUGACGGAACCUUUACCGGCGGAGCUGGUAAUGUCACAUACGUAAAUUCAUCUGUGCAUCUGCAAAACCCGCCUUCGCCGCUGCGUCAGCAACAAAAUCAAAAUGUGCCACAUCAAAUACUGCCAGUUUAUAGUAGCUUUCAACAACGUGCAUCGUUCCAAGUAGCUGAUAGUAAUCAAAUGAGUGAUUUGGAUGAAAGUGAUGGUGCUGAAGAGGCGGAAGAUGCGCUGGACUUAGAUAGCUCAAUGCCCAUUGCUAUGACAGCAACCCCGCAAAGGCGUGUUAAUGCCUCGAAUAUGGUAAAUUUCGCUAAAAGUUUACCUAUAGAAAUAGCAAAUUCACCUCUUGCGAAUGCUCGUAGUUAUAUAGCAUUGGACUCUGAUGAAGAUGAACUGGACAAUAAUGUUGAUAUUGCGGCCAGCAUAAAAGCUUUAGCUAAAAGCGUUCAUGGUGAAGCUGUGUUUGGCGACCUUCCAAGGCCACGUUUGCGUUCACAAAUUUAAGCGCUAUUGGUUUACAAAAUCAAAGGAGAUCUUUACUUUUUCAAAUGUAGGUUAAGUUUUUUUUUUCUUUUACAUUGACGAAGUUUUCUUUCUACAACAAAUUAUUAAUUUUAAGCCACAUUUUUUCUAUUUUAAUCUAAAAUAUUUGCCUUAAGCCUAGUUAUGUAUGUGUAAGAAGUAUUUGUUAGCCUUUUUUCAAAAGCCCUUGAUGCUUUAUAUAUUUUUGGAAGUUUUCCCUAAUUUUUUUCCAAGUUUGUUCGUAAUGUUUUUUCUAGUUUUCAGUACUACUUUCGAAAAGUUUUUUGUCUUUUCAAGAAUAUAAAAUUAUCGUACAAAAUUACUUAAAUAUCCACCCACUCCUCUAUAUUUUUCUCUUUCUCGCUCUUAAACGAAAUUAUUGAAAAAGUUAUUAGAAAAAAUAUAACUACAAUUAUUAGAAAUUUUCAUUCAACUAUGACGUAAUGUAAACCUGUAAACUUCAGGAAAGCCACAUGAGUUUGUUUCUGGCCAGUUUAUUCGACUGGAAAACAUUAGUUAAGGCUUCAAAUAUGUUUUUCUUUUGCUUGUAACAAAAUAUACCCAAUAGAAGAUGCAGGUAAGCGUUUUUUCAACCAUCUCUAAUCUUCAAUUUGCAUUUACAACUUUUCUCAAAAAUGUAGGUUUAUUUAACUAAAAAUCAAUUCAUAAUAUUUUGCACGUCAUGGGAAAGAGACUUAUUUCUCUGUAAAGGCCUGGUUAUGCUCUCGUAAACAUGCCGUAAAUGUAGGAAAACGUGUCAGCUGUUUUGUUUUGGCGUAUGAAUACAUAUGCAAAUGAUUACCGAACGUCUGUUGUCCGUAACCGGAAAGUAGAAUUCAGUAAAAACUAAAUUUUACGUUCCAUUUUCGUCUCAGCUGACAAUAUUUGAAGCUUGAACAAAUUUUAAAAACAAAAAUUUUAUUUGGAAAACUUCUUUUCUCCUAUUUUAUGAUUUCUCUGCGGAAUUUAACACAAUAUAUUGUUAAUAGUUUAGGUUGAAUGGGUAGCCCAGCAUGAAAAGGUGAGUUCACUCGGUGGCCAGUCUGACCUGCAGUGAAAAGCAAAUGAAAAGUAUGUGAUAAAAAGAAAUUACAAGAAGAGAGUAGGGGUAAGCGCAAAUCCAUGUCGUACAACUGGAGUCUAUUCAGGGAUUCCACAAAUACCGCCAAGAACUUUCACCUCACUGUCCUAGAACCGACGGCUUUGAGGGCCGCCAUACAUGUAUACUGAUUUUCCCAGAAUAUCCUUUGCGGCUAUCGUUAUGGCACAGCCGCAAAGGCACUCGUCCGACAGUCUCACCGACGUCCCGAUAUUUUGUGUAUCGAAGUAUGGCCCCAAUCUAGACCCUGUCUCCAUCUUGGAGCUAUCUAUAAAGACCGAAGUAUCAUUCUCUUCAAUCCCAGGAUUUGCAUCCCAUUCCGCGAAUCCCGAAAACACCCCAGCCUUGAGGCGUUACCCUUACCGGCCGCCUUCUGACUACGUUAUCUCCGAAGUUCGCGUUAAUAGGCCUGUCACGUAGCAUACAGUCACGACCCCCGUGCGGUUCAGGGCGGGAACUGUCGACCCAUCUCCUCCUCGCUAUUGAGAUUACGUUUAAAUUUCGUAAUAUUUUUAUGAUAUGUUUGAGAAAGUUUUUAAGCUUUUGUUCUAUUAAAAUUAGUUUUUGUUAAAAAGUUUGAUAAAUUCAAAUUGAAGAUGAAGGUCAAUUGAAAAACCUACUAAACUGUGUUGUGUUUCUGGGUAUUGACACGUCUGUUAAAAUCGGGUGUUUUGUUAGCGAAAUAUAUAUACGCAUACAUACAUAUAAAUAGUUAUAUUUAACAUACUUUCAUGUGUAAUACAUAAAUGUGCAAAUAAAGGGAAUGCAAUGAUGUAGGAGGCAUACAUUCAAUACAUUACAUAAAACAAUUUUUUACAAUCUUAGUUGUUUAUCUUCUCUUAACCGAUUAAUGUAUUCUGUAAACCUUAGCUCCAUAUUAGAUCUUCCAUUGUGUUUACCAACAACCAAAUUUUACUUGGUAGUUAAAUGAAAAUGCAACUAAAAAUACCCAAUGUCUCUGCAUUCACAUUAAAUAAUUCGAUAAUUAUAUUGUUACGUAUAUGAUGUGAGCAUAUGUCAUUGCAUUUCGGAUUUCUACUUUAAACAAAUGGAACCUACAGCAUGAGGUAUACAAAUAUAAUAUUUACAUUUUAU